AGGAUGACUUAUGUUCACACACUGUUGCGCCUUCCAGGAUCCUCCGGUUAAAAAUAAAUGAAUAAAUUUAAAAAAAUGCCAACGUCAGCUUUCACUCCUUUAUAGAAAAAUUGACUCUUUAUUCUCACUAUUAUUAUUUAUCUUCACUGUGCGCAGCAAUUAAAGAUUUUGUUAAGUGACAAGCGGCGGCGAAGUUGGUCGUCAUUUACCGAGGGUGAUCAGCUGUGACCAUGGCCUACACACUGGGCUUGGCCACCGACGGCCAGAAGCGCAGUGUCGGACCUCAGCACUGCGUCACUCGGGUGGAGCUGUCGGUCACUGCGUCCAGCCUGCUAGAUCGAGAUGUAGCCUCCAAGUCGGAUCCAUUCUGUGUUCUCUUCCAAGAAGUGGAUGGAAACUGGGUGGAGCUGGGACGCACUGAAACAGCUGUGAACAACUUGAACCCAGUGUUUGGAGUGAAGUUUCAGGUGGACUACCACUUUGAAGAAAUCCAGAAACUGCGCUUUGCCAUGUUCGAUGAAGACAAGUGUGCCACACAACUCGACGAACAUGACUUCCUGGGAGCAUUCGUUUGUACACUGGGAGUGAUUGUGUCCAAUAAGAAACUUCACAGACCCCUGAUCUUAGCCAAUGGGAAGCCAGCUGGCAAAGGAUCCAUUACAAUAACAGCGCAGGAGUUGUCUGACAACAGAAUCAUCACUUUGACCCUGAGUGGGCGUAAACUGGAUAAGAAGGACUUCUUUGGAAAGUCAGACCCCUACCUGGAGUUUCACAAACAGGGAGAAGAUGGUAAAUGGAUGCUUGUGCACAGGACAGAGGUCAUAAAGAACACUUUAGAUCCGGUGUGGAAACCUUUUACCGUGCCUCUAAUUUCUCUGUGCAAUGGAGACGUGGACAGAAGCAUCAAGGUGCUGUGUUAUGACUACGAUAAUGAUGGAGGACAUGACUUCAUUGGAGAGUUUCAGACCACAGUUGCAAAGAUGAGUGAAGCCCAGAACUCAGUGGAGGUGGAGUUUGACUGCAUUAAUCCCAAGAAACAGAAGAAGAAGAAGAACUAUAAAAAUUCUGGAGUUAUCAUCGUGAAGUCCUGUAAGAUUACAAGGGACUACACGUUUCUGGAUUACAUACUGGGAGGAUGCCAGCUCAUGUUUACAGUCGGUAUAGACUUCACAGCAUCCAACGGGAACCCCCGAGAGCCGUCUUCCCUCCAUUACAUCAACCCACUGGGCAGCAACGAGUACCUCGCUGCCAUCUUAGCUGUGGGGCAAAUUAUACAGGACUAUGAUACUGACAAAAUGUUUCCAGCUCUGGGAUUUGGAGCCCAACUCCCACCAGACUGGAAGGUGUCUCACGAAUUUGCCAUCAACUUUAACCCCACAAACCCUUUCUGUUCAGGUGUGGAGGGCAUCGCACAGGCCUACUCCGCGUGCCUCCCUCACAUUCGUUUCUAUGGUCCUACAAACUUUGCUCCAAUCAUCAACCAUGUAGCACGCUUUGCUGCUCAGGCCCUUCAACAAGAGAAAGCAGCGCAAUACUUCACACUCCUCAUUAUAACUGACGGUGUCAUCAGCGAUAUGGACGAGACACGCGAUGCUAUCGUGCAGGCAUCUAAACUACCCAUGUCCAUUAUCAUCAUCGGCGUCGGCAACGCAGACUUUGCCGCCAUGGAGUUCCUAGACGGGGAUGCCAGCGUUUUGAGGUCCAGCACAGGAGAGGAGGCUGUUCGGGACAUUGUGCAGUUUGUCCCUUUCAGGGAUUUCCGCAAUGCACCAAAGGAGACCCUCGCUAAAUCAGUCCUGGCUGAGCUGCCUCAACAGGUCACCCAGUACUUUAAACAGCGGAAUGUACCGCCCAUUAACCCGGCCCCAGAGUGAGACGCCCUGAAGACGAGCGCCCGCGUGCUAUACAAGAGCUCGACAAAAACCCCUUCUUUUUGUUAACGGCAAACAAAACUGUAUAUGUCAACAGUAAACAAAACUUAGUUGUGGAAAAAAGAAAAACAAAAAAACUCCUACAUUGAAGACAUCUCUUAGUUUUCACUGAUUAAAGGACGUUUGGUCAGUUUUCAGUGUGAAUCCAUCUGAAGUGAUUCUUUCUUUCGUGAAGGUUUCCAGCACACAGAUCAGUGAUGAUUAUGUGUAAAGUACCUUGCAUGUCCAAAAUGUGCAGAUAAAAUGCAGGUGAAACACUGGCCUGUUUAGAGGGGAAAUAAAUUAGCUUACUGGGAUGUAGGGGUUUUGUUUGUUUGUUGUUGGGGAGGGUUGCAUUAUUUAUUUUCAUUUUUUUGCUCUUGCAUGUGUAUUUGUCUUGUGAUUGAUACCAUGUGAUACAUACAACUCCUUUGUGUGAAAUCCUCUUUAAGCUGAACUGUAUCAGUGGUUGAUUCCUCUUUAGUUCUUGUACUUUUUGAGGUAGCAUAUCAGAUGAAGGCUGUUUGCUUUUGUGCUCAUGUGGUGGACUCAUAGCACCGAGUCUCGACAGAGCACCAUUUAUUCAACCCCUGGUCCCUGAUCACCAGGGGAAACUUUAUGUUUUAAAAGUUUUGAUCAGGAGUCGUCUGGGAGGCAGGUUUAAUGCUCCACUAUGCUUUGUCAAAUAAAGAGGACAUAAUCAGAGGAGAAUGAGGCCACACUGGCAGCUGUAGCACUACCACAGGACAGUUGUGGGAUACUGUGUGUACUCAGUAGGCCAUUUUGCUAGCUUUUGCAAAAUCCUUGUAUUUCUUCUGACUUAAGUUCAUCCUGCAUGUUGCCAGUAUCUACACACUGUUUACAAACUAACGAUCACAAAUGCAUGAUGGGUUUAAUUUUCCAAAUUAUGUAUUUAUCAGAUUUUGUAAAUAUUUUAUGAGCUUCUGCUGUAAGCAAAGGAAGUAUUACACGACAAAGACAGAUGUUUCAAUGGAGGCUGCACCUGUCAGAGUCUUAAUGAGCGGAAGCAGAGAGGAGAAGUUUGUGAUAUGCAUAUAUCGAAUGUAUAUUUCUAUUCACUGUUUAUGUUACGAUAAACCAAUGUUUAUGCCAUGUUUUUAAUGUACUUUUUAUGCAGUGAAUUGUGUAAUUAAACUGAAAUGUGUAUUGCUGUGCAUCUUUGUACUGAAUGUGUUGCUUUUAAUUUUAUAAAGUUGUGUCUAUGU